AUGGGUGCAUCUGUUUCGAAAGCUUUAUUAAGGAUCUUUGGUAACAAAGAAAUGCGUAUAUUGAUGUUAGGUUUAGACGCCGCAGGCAAAACAACAAUUCUAUAUAAAUUAAAGCUUGAUCAAUCAGUUACAACGAUCCCUACUGUCGGUUUCAACGUGGAAACUGUGACUUACAAAAAUGUUAAAUUUAAUGUUUGGGUGAACAAAAUUCGUCCACUUUGGCGUCAUUAUUAUACAGGAACCCAAGGUCUUAUAUUUGUUAUUGACUCACAAGACCGCGAUCGAAUAGAUGAAGCACGCCAAGAAUUACAUCGAAUUAUUUCUGAUCGCGAAAUGAAGGAUUGUUUACUUUUAGUGUUUGCCAAUAAACAAGAUUUACCAGGCGCAAUGUCACCUGCAGAAGUCACCGAAAAACUCCAUUUGCAUCGUAUGCGUGAUCGGGCUUGGUACGUUCAUCCAUCUUGCGCGACCACUGGUGAUGGCUUAUUUGAUGGCUUGAACUGGUUAAGCGCAAAUACCAAAUCAAAAUAA